AUGGCGACGGCCCAGCCGCUUCGGACAGAAAGCAAGAGGAUGAACCGGCAGGCGGAUGCAGUGGAGAAAAGGGGACCGUACAUCGUGAGCAAGGCACCCUCCCUUCAUGCCAAGCUGCAGCGGCAGCGCGAGCUGGCGAAGGCGGCGCUGCGGAGGCAAGGCCUGCUGGGGGGAGCCGCUCUGCACCCACCGAAGGCAGCGGCUAAAAGGUCAGUGAAAUUUAACAAGGGCUACACGGCGCUCAGCCAGACGGUCGAUGAACACUUGGUAUCGCUCGACUCGGACAGUGACGGAGAGCUGGAAUCGAGAUGUUCCUCUGGCUACUCUUCCGCUGAGCAGGUGAACCAGGAUCUGAGCCGGCAGCUGCUGCAGGAUGGCUACCACCUAGACGAGGUCCCAGAUGAUGAAGACCUGGAUCUCAUUCCCCCUAAACCCGUUGCCUCCUCUGCUUGCCCGUGUUGCUUUGGACACUCUCUAUCCUGUGUGAUCCAGUAGG